UAUAAAUCUGUCAUUUUCAUUGAAAGCAAGUCUGAAUGAUAGAUUUGUUCACCAGCUUCAAACAGUUGAAAAUAUAAUAUUUGGGGUUAUGGAAAAGAUCAUUCACAGCGGUUUAGAUGGUACAAGUAUUCUCUACACUAUACUUGCUUGUUUUGUCACAAACUGAAAUUAGACGAACUAUUCGAAUUUGAGCAACUAGGAAAUGCCGGAGCGAUUUCUGAAUUGGUCAUCUUUAAUCAUAUUUAUCCUAUCAUAUAAUCGCUUUUGCCACAUUCCAAUUGAGGUGUGAAAUAAACUACAAUGUUCAAUUAAUAUUAUUUGUAAAUCAGUCAGACACAAUUUACCCAUGAUACAUUGCGGUUUUGAGCCUCUCGAACACGGCCAUUGGUAACCAAUCGGCGUAGCAGCAGAUACACAAGUGAUCACCAAACAACUUCGGGAUGCUAACUAUAGUGAUGAUAUCAGCUUAAACUUGAAUUUAACUUGGUAACUUGAACGAAUAGGUGGCUUUCUAUCUAGAUAUCUGUACCCACGACACCGAAUAUUUGUUUGAAAAACGCAAGGAGGUAGUCAAUUAUGUGAUUUGAUGUUACGCCGAUAGCUCGCUAAACUAGUAGCAACAUUUAUUCUAGAAACGCGCAACGUUAGCAUACUGGAUCUAGCUGCUACGUUAGUUAAUGUGCACGGGGGUGGCUAGAUACAUCACCCCACUUUACCUCCUGAUCUGCGGAAACAAUGGCUAGUCCUGCCCCCCCACCAGCCACUGUCAACCCCAGCAGCUCGACUGCUGCUGGGGAGGGUGGCAAUCAGGACAGCACCUUCGAAUGCAACAUCUGCCUGGACACCUCCAAGGAUGCGGUGAUCAGUCUGUGUGGGCAUCUCUUUUGUUGGCCCUGUUUACAUCAGUGGUUAGAGACCAGACCUAACAGACAAGUGUGUCCAGUGUGCAAGGCAGGCAUCAGUCGAGACAAAGUCAUCCCACUAUAUGGCAGGGGAAGCACAGGCCAGCAGGACCCACGGGAGCGAACGCCUCCUCGACCACAAGGACAGAGGCCAGAGCCAGAAAAUCGUGGGUUAGGCUUUGGAGACGGAGGAUUCCAGAUGUCUUUUGGCAUUGGUGCCUUUCCAUUUGGCAUUUUCUCUACAGCUUUUAACAUCAAUGAUGGAAGACCACACCCAGCUGCCCCUGGGACCCCCCAGCACAUGGAUGAACAGUUCUUGUCCCAACUCUUUCUAAUUGUGGCUCUGGGGAUUGUGUUUUGGCUACUAAUCACAUAAAUGUCUGGGCGGCCAGGACUAAGGCUCAAUUUGGACAGUUCUUAAUACUGUUUCCAGAUACUUGUUUGAAUUUGUAUUUAUCCACAUUCUAAGUAUUGUCCUCUGAACUUGCCGUUGGUUUAUUUUCAGUAAUUGAGAUUAAACUGUUUGAUUACAUCUGUACUAUGAAUCCUACAGAAGUCUUAAAAUGGCCCUACCUCUUCA